UACCAAUAGUUACUUCUUCUUCACCAACCUUAUACUGCAAUCAAAUCCCUACACUUUUACAUUGAUCUACAAGGAUUUCACACAAUUAAAGUGUUGUUAGCUGGUUAGAUCUUGUUGCCAUGGCGGUUGUAGCACGUAGCGGCAGAGGUAAUGGCGGAUCGGCUUUUUCCUCCGCUUUACGGAGCUUCUUUUCCUACCGGAUCUUUGUUUCAGCUAUGUUUACGCUUCUUUUCUUCGCAACUGCCUCCGUACUUUUCUCAUCUCAUCCUGCACAUUUCAACGAUAACUCUGAAAUACAAACAACUGGGAAAGCAUACAUGCACAGGACAUUUCUUGCCUUGAAAUCAGAUCCAUUGAAGACUAGGUUGGAUUUGAUACAUAAGCAAGCGAGUGAUCAUAUUGUGCUUGUGAAUGCAUAUGCUGCUUAUGCAAGAAAGCUUAAGCUUGAGAUAUCUAAGCAGCUUAGGGUGUUUGAUGAUAUGGCACAAAACUUUUCUGAUGUGGGUGUGAAGCCAACAUAUCGUACUGCAUUGUUCGAGUCCAAUGGGCCUGUGGAUGAGGAAGUCUUGAGACAGUUUGAGAAGGAGGUUAAGGACAAGAUCAAGGUUGCUAGGUUGAUGAUUGCCGAGAACAAGGAAUCUUAUGACAAUCAGCUGAAAAUUCAGAAGUUGAAAGACACAAUAUUUGCAGUUAAUGAAUUGCUUAUUAAAGCUAAGAAGAACGGGGCAUUUGCUAGCUUAAUUGCUGCUAAGUCAACUCCAAAAAGUUUGCAUUGUCUUGCAAUGCGCCUCAUGGGAGAACGAAUUGCAAGUCCAGAAAAAUAUAGAGAUGAGGAGCCUAAGCCUGAGUUUGAGGACCCUUCUUUGUACCAUUAUGCGAUAUUUUCUGAUAAUGUGAUUGCAGUAUCUGUCGUGGUGAACUCGGCUGUAAAGAAUGCCGAAGAGCCAUGGAAACACGUUUUCCACAUUGUCACAGAUAAGAUGAAUCUUGCUGCAAUGAAGGUUUGGUUUAAAAUGAGACCAGUGGAAGGAGGUGCUUUUGUCGAAGUGAAAGCAGUGGAAGAAUUUACUUUCUUGAAUCCCUCGUACGUCCCUGUGCUCAGGCAAAUGGAGUCUGCAAAUUUAUACAUAGAGGACAAGGCAGAAAAUGAGACCGGAGAAGUGAAGAACACGAAAUCUAGGAACCCAAAACAUUUGUCAAUGUUGAAUCACCUUAAAUUUUACUUGCCAGAGAUGUAUCCAAAGCUGCACCGGAUAUUGUUCUUAGAUGACGAUGUUGUGGUUCAGAAAGAUUUGACCGCACUAUGGAAACUUGACAUGGAUGGCAAGGUUAAUGGGGCAGUUGAGACAUGCUUUGGAUCAUUUCAUCGUUAUGCUCAGUAUUUGAAUUUUUCCCACCCGUUGAUCAGGGAUAAAUUUAAUCCAAAGGCUUGUGCCUGGGCUUUUGGCAUGAAUAUAUUUGAUCUUGAUGCCUGGAGGCGUGAAAGAUUAACCGAACAGUACCAUUACUGGCAGGAUCUGAAUGAGGAUCAGAGUUUGUGGAAAUUGGGGACACUUCCACCUGGACUGAUGACCUUCUACUCAACAACAAAAUCAUUAGACAAAACAUGGCAUGUUCUUGGACUCGGAUACAACCCAAGUAUAAGCAUGGAUGAGAUUCGUAACGCUGCUGUCAUUCAUUUCAAUGGGAAUAUGAAACCAUGGCUCGACAUUGCUAUGAACCAAUUCAAGCAUCUAUGGACUAAAUAUGUCGACAACGAAAUGGAAUUUGUGCAGAUGUGCAACUUCGGCCUAUAGACAAUGACCGCCUUCUCCUCAACAACCGAUUAAACAGAGGCUUAACAACGAUAUCCUGUUCCACAUCAACUAUGAAUAUGAUUUAUGAGUUCAAGACUUAGGUAGCGAGUUACUACUAACUUUUGGCUAUUGAGGCGCUACACAGCUGGAUGAAGCGAAAAGCCUCUGUAACAGCAAACGUUUGUAAAUGAAUGUCAAUCGAAUCGAAAUUUGAAAAUGCCGAAAUUCCUUUUUUGUUAGUAAUACGCUAUUUGAACUUGAAUUUGAAUUUAAC